AAUGUGCUUCUGCAGAACAAAGUACUCAGUGUCUGGUAUGUGAAUAUUGCAGCUUUUGCUUUCAGAAAGCGCACCUGUGCUGGAAGCCUUUGUUUCUGUGCCAGCAAGUGGCAGAGGUGACACAAAGCCUCUGCUUUGGGGUCACUUGUCUUCAGUGGCGAUGCAGUGGUCUUGACAUUGAGCUGAAACGGAGACUGCAAAUGCUUCUCGAGCUUUUGCUGGCUCUUCAGGUCAAUGCCAAGUUGACCGAUCUGUCUGUGCUUCACCUUUUAAGGAGCAAACCAACGUGGGCUGCCUUUCAUUUUACCCGUGACUCUCAUCGUAAAGGCUUUUGGGAGUUACCUCUGUGUUGCUUUAAUCCUCCUCUUUACAGUAACAAGGCUCAGCUCAUUCUCCUGGCGUUCAAGGCUCAUGCUUUAACGCUGCGUAGGGAGGGAUGGACCCGACUGGAGCCGCUCUGCUUUAAGGAUAGAAACCUCAGGAUUCUUUGCAGCCUGCUGUCUUCCUGCCUACGAAGAUUUGAGUUGCGAUCUGCAGAAAAUAAGUUUGUGAGUGCAGAAACGCUUCUCCAGGAGUUCGCCACCAUCAGAAUUCUACUGGGACAGCAGGGCUGCAUUAUGGUAGCUGUAGGUUUCUACUUGCAUUUUCCUACAGUUUUGUUCUUGCUGCUGGCAGUCGUUAUUACUUAUUGCUUAGGAUUGAAAUGCAAAGAACAUCAAUAUCCUUUCGGUGAAAAAUGCUGCAACGACUGUGCCCCUGGUGAAAGGAUGAAAGACCGCUGCACGGCCACAGCAGACACGGUCUGCGUCCCCUGCCAGGACCAGUUCUUCAGCAGCGAGCACCACCACAGCUUCUGCAACAGCUGCACCAUCUGCCAGACCUGGAAGGGGAGCGUGGAGCUGAAGAAGUGCGAGAAGACUUCUGACAGGCUUUGCAUGUGUCGUGCUGGUUACAUGCCCGUUGCCGGACAUAAACCGGGAAGCGUAUGCACACCGUGUCCAGAAGGGUCUUAUUCCACAGGGAGAAAUGAGAACUGCCAGCCUUGGACCAACUGCAGCGUUCUUGGGAAAACUACUCUUCGACCGGGGACAAAAACAGCUGAUGCUGUUUGCAGCAACCACGUCCCGCAGGCAGCGACCUCCCCGAGCGCAACUCCUGCUUCCAAUCUCUCCACCACUGCCCACAGCAUUAACACGUCUACUGUGAAGUUCUCACUGUCCAGACCCAGCGUGGUCCCUUUCCUUUGCUCGGAUACCAACAGCCCCGCAGCGACUAACUGGGGGUCUUUAUCACUGAUCCUCAUUUGUCUGAUAUUGCUCAUGGUGAGUGGAAUGUCCAUCCUCCUGUUGAUUAUCCAAGCAGCUAAAAAAGGGACCAAGAGGAAGCCUUGUAAAAACAACCAUCAGGAAAGGAGCUUUCGAAUUCCUAUCCAGGAGGAACACGUCGACUCCAAUUCCAGUCUCAUCAAAAACUGACUCUGCAUUAUGUUGCUGUUCCCUGCGUUUCUGAGCCAAUUGAUUGUAACAAGUAAUGAAACAGAACAUUCUGUGGCUAUAAAGACGUGGGUAUCUGUAACUGUUUAAUUGCACUUCAGUUCCCAUGGGUCUUGUUGAGCGGCCCCUUUGGCAUGAGGACCCAUGGGAGCAGCUGUUCUUGGUGGAAUCGUGUGAUUAUUUCUCUUAGGGUGACCCUGUGUUGCCAGGACUGAGAGGACGUUGUCCUCUGUGCAUUUCUAGCCAAUUCUGUAUGUAGUCAUAGGAAUUUGUCUCUUCUCAGUGCAGGAAUCUCCAGCGUUUCAGUCUGGUUCCCAAAUGAACUUUCCUCUCUCCUGAUGGACCCAGCCAGCUUCCUUUGUGCUUCUAUUUAUACAGGUUAUUUGUUCUUGGUCACGCUGAGUGGUGUGUGUCAGCUGUACCUCCCGAGGCAGUUGUCAUCGCCGCUAACUCUCGUGCUGGCCAUGCACCGGAAUUGCACCUGAAUUCUGGUGCAGGCCAUUAAGUCACUGUUGAGAGAUGGUGACUCAACGCCACUUCUCUCUUUUCUGCGUUUCUUCAGACACUGAGAAAAACACAAGAUAUUCAGCAGUGUCCCCAUUGUCAGGCCAACGAAUGGAAUCAGUCAUGAUCACCAGGUAGCUCCAGAUCUCCAAGUGUUUGGGGUUCUCCAUGGAGAUCUUCACAUGUGUGGAAAACAGAAUAUGUGGGUAGCCAGAAGGCAAAGGGAAUGGUGAUUUCUGAUUAGAACGUUAUUAGUGGAAACUGCAGUUCAAAAUGGGGGUAGAGAACCACUUGUCUGCACUGUAAACUUCUGAGGUUGCCACGUCUGACUGACGUUUCACCCGUGAGCCCGGCGCAGCCAACACGCCGUGCGCUUCCUCGUGCUGGACGUCCCGUUGUGCCAAAAUACCGGCGUGGCUGUCAUCGGCAAGUCGAGCUGGAACAUCUCUGCUGCAAAGCUGCUCAGCUUAAACCACUUUGGUGAGACUCGAUUGCUUGCUGUGGGUGUAGGGAGAAACCCACAGGCACGUUCGGUUCCAGACAGUGUCUGGAUUUGGGGGAAGUCUGUUUAUGUCUUGGGUUUAAGAGCAUCUACAUGAACACUUAGGGGUUUUUUCCUGCCGAUAAAUGAUGAUUUUGUGAUGGUUUAGAAGAGUAUCUCCGUAGAUGUUCUCUGUUGCUGACAGCAAGAGCUGACUUCUUAACCCAGUGCUGACUGUCUGGGCCUUCAGGGGUUGUGUUUGAGCAAAGAUUGUGGAUAGAUGCCUCAAAUAUGCUCUGACAAUUCAUCCCCAUGAUCAGCUUGUGCAUGCUGGAGCCUGCACUCAGGACUGGAGGAGUGUUCUUGAUUUGGACUCUGUGCAGUUAAAAUACCCGAGUUGGUUGCCCGUGCGCUGUAUGAAAUGAAUUUUACUUCUGUAACAUUUUUUUCCACGAGUUAAUGGGUCUGUAGUUUUGGAAAGCAUUCAAGUUUCAGAUAGCAAGUUUAAAAUCUAAUGGGUCUGAGAGCAACCUGGAGUGUAAUUGUGCAUAGCUUUUGAUGUAAUUUAAAUACCUCAGUGUAAAAGUUCAAGAAGGGGUAAACUUGAAAGUUCUAGAAGUGUUUUUCCUCAGUAAAUAACUCAUUAGAAAUGGGUAUUUUAUGUACACAGCGCCAAUAUGCAACAGGGAAUGUAUUCAAGAGCACAACUGGUGUCUAGAAACAUGUUUUUAAACAUAUGUUUUCUUAUAUGUUAUACAUAUGGUGUACUUAGCGAUGAUUUCCUAUUUUGAAGCGCAUAUACAAUGUAUAUAAACGUUUGUAUUAUAUACGAGAUGUCAUAGUGACUUAUUGAAAUAAAUGGUGGUGGAGGCA